AUGCAUCGGCGCACACAAGCACGCGUAGCAACAGUCGGGCUGCUGUUGCUGAGCUCGCUUUCGCGGCAGUCUCGCUGGACAUCGAGUCAGGCAUCCCCGCUACGUGGACACGCGGACAGCAACGCUAGUACGUAUGCGGGUACGGCAGCACCACCGACUACCAGUUUUCCAUCCCCACCACCACCACCAUCAUCAUCGUCAUCAUUGCCCGCGGCCCACAGCGAAGCGGUGGAUGAGUCUUCUUCGGCGACACAAACAACGGUCGAGGCGAAACCGAAGGAACAGAAGGCGUCGAGAAGGAAAAACAAAAAGCGCAGAACCACUGUUGACGUCAGCUCCGGCGUAAGCCCCUCCCCGGAUCUUCUGAAAGGUUCUGCGAGUCAGACAUCUAGCGCGUCCCCUGCACUUUCAGGUUCUAAUGGGAGCAAUGGCCAGGCAGCGCUGCCCAACGCGCGGACUAUUCUCGACUUCCCCAGCGCCUACCAGUCCUUUUCCUCGGUCAUGCCACUCGGCGAAUUUCGCGCCACCUACGACGGCAUCCCACAUAACGAGAGCCACCCGCACGACCACGACGUGCGCGUUGGGGGCAGAGUAGUAAGCACGCGUGACAUGGGCCGCAUCCUCUUCAUCACCAUUCGCAGCGGCGAGGUGUCGCUGCAGGUUAUCCGGCAGGUGAGCGAGCACUUCACCAAGGCGGACUUGCGCGCGUUGAGCGACUCCAUACGCGUGGGUGACAUCAUCGGCGCCACCGGCACGCCGGGUCGCACCGCCAAGGGCGAGCUCUCCCUCUUCGCCUCCGCGACCUCCAUUCUCGCUCCGUACGUCUGCACCGAUCAGGCGCUGUGCCCGGACUUGAAAGGCUACGUGCCGCUGUCUGACACGGAUAUCAAGUAUCGCUACCGCUUUGUGGACAUGAUGUCUAACCCCUCCGUGGUCCAGCACUUCCGCAAGCGCCACGCCGUCACCCGUGCCCUGCGCGACUACCUCGACCGUCGUGGUUUUGUUGAGGUGGAGACACCCGUCCUGCACUCCGUCGCCUCCGGCGCCAACGCGAAGCCGUUCAUGACGCACCACAACGCCAACGACACCGAUUUGUUCCUGCGAGUGGCCCCGGAGCUGCACCUGAAGCAGUGUGUCGUGGGUGGCAUGGACCGCGUCUACGAGAUCGGGCGCGUGUUCCGCAAUGAGGACGCCGACCGCAGCCACAACCCGGAGUUCACGACGUGCGAGUUCUACGCGGCCUACCACACCUACGAGGACUUGAUGCGCAUGACGGAGGAGAUAAUGCGACAGCUCGCCGUGGCAGCGAACGGCACUACGAAGGUAUCGGUGACCUCCUGCCUGACCGGCGAGCAGACGGAAAUUGACCUUACACAGCCUUUUCGUCGCGUGAGUGCGUACGACGAGGUACAGCGCGCCGCCUGCGUCGAGCUGCCGCCGCCGACGGAGCUGAACACGGCUCGUGGGAUGGCCUACAUGUCCGCCAUCAUGUUGCGCUACAACAUCCCUCUUCCGUCGGUGCGCACCGCAGCGAAGAUGUUCGACAAGCUCAUCGACUACUUCAUCACCGACCGGGUGGUCGCGCCGACCUUCGUGACGGACCACCCACUGUUUAUGAGUCCGCUGGCGCUGGAGCGGCGCGACCGGCCAGGCCUGUCCGCCCGCUUCGAACUCUUCAUCAACGGCAUGGAGUACUGCAACGCGUACAGCGAGCUGAACGACCCACAGGAGCAGUACUACCGCUUUCAGCAGCAGCUACUGGACAAGCAGACGGGGGACGAGGAGGCCAUGGGACUCGAUGAGACAUUCCUUAAGGCGCUGCAGGUAGGACUGCCGCCGACCGCAGGGUGGGGCAUGGGCAUGGACCGCGUCGUCAUGCUGCUCAACGGCUCCUCCAGCAUUCGCGAUGAUAUUCUUUUUCCGCUGUUGCGCACCGACACCACGUCGCACGACGCCAAGCGGCGACGCAAGACGGCGUCCUUCUUUGGCUUCAGCCACAACAUGACUCUCUUCUGCCUGAACGCGCUGGAGGAGGAGAUGUUGAAGCGCGCUGCCCCACAGGACUCAUUGGAGAAGAUUCGGCAACUGCGUCAAUGCAUCACGUCGAUGCCGCAGCGGGGUGGGCUGACCUAUUUGCCAGAGGACUGCGUCCCGCGCGGCUGGCGGUAUGAUGUGACGAUGGGCAUCUUACGCCUGUUUUGCUGUCGCGGUAAGUAUUGA